AUGGAUAAUCGUCUUUAUGCAGUGAAACGUUCAUUAAUAUUAUUUCACGAUGAAACACAUCGUAAUAAAAAACUAAAAGAAAUAAAUUUUCAUCAAAAAAUUCUUACACAUACAAAUAUUCUUAAAUUAAUACGUUCAUGGGAAGAACAAGGAUCUUUAUAUAUUCAAACAGAACUCUGUGAAAUGGAUUUAUUUCAAUAUUCACAAGAUAAUCGAAUGAAUGAUUUAAUGAUUUGGUCUUUAAUUUAUCAAAUAUGUCAAGCUCUUAUUUGUCUUCAUUCAUUAUUAUUUGUUCACAUGAAUAUUAAACCAAAAAAAAUUUUAAUUACAUCUAGUUCUAUUUAUAAACUUAGUGAUUUUAGUCGGAUUUACAAUGUACGAUAUCCACCUACUGUUAUUGAGAAUGAUAAUACACGUUAUCUUCCAUUAGAAGUAAAUCAUGGUUUAAUUACAACAGCAGUCGAUAUUUUUAGUUUGGGUCUUAUGUUGGUUGAAUUAAUUAGUAAAAAUACUUAUUCAACUUUACCAGAUGAUACUUGGAAUGAAAUUCAUCAAGCAAAAUUGCCACCAAAUAUAACAGAUUUUAUGGAUGUUGAAUUGAAGAAUAUUUUACUUCAAAUGAUCAAUCCAGAAUAUCAACAACGACCAUCAGCUUGUAGUUUACUCAAUAAUCUAAUAGUCAAAGAAAAAGUAAGAACUUAA